AUGGUGGCUAACAGGUUGCAGAAUCGCAGUCAGAGGACCAGGUUAUUGCAGAAGAGUACCUCGAAUGGAAGAAAAACUGCCCGGCGCUGUACCGACUGGUGUCCGAGACAGCACUGCUGUGGCCGUCUCUCACGUUCCAAUGGCUCCCGCAAAUCGAGUAAGUACCCCCUCCAUAGUCCCAGCCACUCCUGCGAAGCAGGAGCAACCAGGGUCUGGGGCGGAACCCCAGCCGCCGGAGGCACAACCACCCUCCACAGUCCUAGUCCUAACACCCCCAGACGCAACGAAGAUCGUGUGACCCAGAAUAUCCUGCUGGGAACGUACAGUGCUGGAUCCGAGACACAAGAGUAUUUACAGGUUGGUCAAGUGCAGUACCCGUCGUCGUUUAAGGACGGAGAUGUAGGGUCACAGGUGGCGAGUCAGGUGGUUAUUAAGAAACAGUUUGCACAUAACGGAGAUGUCAAUCGAGCCAGGUACCAGCCCCAGUCGCCCAAUAUCGUGGCUACUGCCAGUGUUUCGGGUGAUAUCUAUAUUUACGACAUUCAGAACCCCACGGAUCAGACUCCGCGGACUUUGAAACACCACACUGAGAACGGAUACGGUUUGACGUGGAAUCCAGUUCGAGCUGGGUUGUUAGCUACUGGGUCGGAUGACAGCACAGUAGCUAUAUGGGACACGAAUAAAGAAGGUGAAAUACGGCCCAGUAUAGUAUAUUCUCACCACACGGAUAUUGUUAAUGAUGUGGACUGGCACAGGGAAGGGAAUCUUCUUGGUUCGGUGUCUGAUGAUAAGAGUCUUCUUAUAUACGAUACGCGAGACUCGAGUAACCAGCCACAUCUGUCAGUCAAAGAAGCACAUUCCGAAGCGGUCAAUUCACUGGCAUUCAGUCCAUUCAGCAGAAAUAUGCUGGCUACAGUAUCUGCUGACCAGACUGUGGCUCUUUGGGACAUGCGAAACCUUUCCAAGACACUUCACUCGCUCAUUGGCCAUAACCAGUCGGUGACGUCUGUCAAAUGGAGUCCACACAUAGACGGCACUAUUGCGACUGCCGGAACUGACCGACGAGUCGUGAUCUGGGAUAUCAGUCGAAUCGGAGAAGAGCAAACGCCAGAAGACGCCGAAGACGGCCCUCCUGAACUGACGUUCAUGCACGGAGGACACACCAGUGCCGUCACCGAUUUCGACUGGAAUCCCGUACCCGAAUACUCAUGGAUCAUUGGCAGUACUAGUGAAGACAACAUCGGUCAGUACUGGGCACCACUUGAGUCCAUCACCCAGGCUGGCAAGCCCGUGGUCCGCCAGAUAGAUCCUCACGUACUUGAGUAA